AUUGCAGUCUACUCACAGACAACCACUCCAUCUGCCUCGCCUACUGCCGCCGAAGUUCUUGUUGGUUUUUUUUCCUGGAGCUGUUGAGACGCCCCCAAGGAUUCCCUUCCUGAUUUCUCGGUGCUUCGAGCUCGAUCGGUACUUCGGAGCGGCUCCGGACGUAGAAGUUCAUCGGUUGGUCGGCUCCGUUCAUUAUCAUCACCCAUCACCGGUUUAUUGAUUGUGUCGAUUGCUCGACCUACAACAAGUGACCGCUCGCCAAUGAAAACCGAGACUCUUCUCGUUGUCAGCUUGUCCUUAAGCGCCGACGUCUUGGGCCUCCACGUCGGGGAUGUUUCCUUCUGCUCGGAUGUCGUCCGUCGCAAAGAGUGGGGAGCUCUCCAUCCGAAGAGCAAGAUCAACACACGGCCUGUCAGUAAUGUGAUCCUCCAUCACAGUUUGGGUCCUACGUGCAUCACAGAACCCACCUGUCGCAGUAUUGUCAGAACGACUCAACUGCAACACAUAAAGAUAAAGGGCUGGGACGACAUUGGGUACAAUUUCUUGGUAUCUGAAAAUGGUCAAGUGUUCGAAGGCCGCGGGUGGGGUGUCGAAGCAGCCGCGGUCAUGGGAUUGACUGAUCGGGCCGUUCACAUCGCGAUCAUUGGCAGCUUCAAUCAUCGAACUCCUGCCGACGCUGCCAUGGUCGCUGUUUCGAGACUGAUUCAGUGUGGCAUGGGAUUGGGGAAAGUUCACGAAGAUUACAAGAUCUCUGCGCACAGAGAUGUCGAACCCACAGCUUGUCCUGGCCACAAGCUCUACGCUCUGAUCCGCGGCUGGAAUCGAUACGUCAAAACACCUUAGAGAGUAUCUCAGCAUUGUCACGGGAUUUUCCCUCCUUAAACGGGUCGUGCACGGAGAUAUGGCAUCGUGAAAUGUGAGACUUUUCCCACGGAUGUCGAGGUGUCGAAUGCGAAACUGGAGACUGGGGAAUGUUCUGUAAACUCCUGUAAAAAUAUUUGUACACACAUAUCGGAAGCCAGUGUCAGGUGGGGACUUCAUGCAAAAUCAAUAGAGUAUUGGCGUCAAGAUUGAUGUAUUUAUAGAGCGUGAAUGUUUACUUCGACGGGGAGCUAAAAGUU